AUGGCUGAGGCAAACAUAGGUAGCAGGUGGUCUUUACAGGGGAUGACAGCUUUGGUCACUGGGGGAUCUCAAGGAAUAGGAUAUGCUAUUGUGGAGGAGCUGGCACAGCUUGGGGCCACUGUUUACACUUGCUCUCGGAAUCAUUCUCAACUCAAUGAAUCAUUACAUGAAUGGGCUACAAAAGGAUACAAAGUUAUGGGUUCAGUUUGUGACGUGUCAUCUCGUGCAAACAGAGAGGAGCUCAUAACUAGAGUCUCAUCUGAGUUUAAUGGCAAACUCGAUAUCCUAGUGAACAAUGUGGGAACGAACAUUCAGAAACCGACCAUGGAAUACACAGGGGAAGAUUUCUCAUUUCUGGUGAAUACAAAUCUUGAAUCCGCUUUCCAUAUAAGCCAGCUAGCACAUCCUUUGCUAAAAGCUUCAGAAACUGCAAGCAUCAUUUUCAUAUCCUCCAUUGCUGGUGUGGCAUCCAUAAAUGUAGGAUCCGUUGUGUAUAGUGCAACAAAAGGAGCAAUGAACCAAAUGACCAAAAAUUUGGCAUGUGAAUGGGCCAAAGAUAAUAUAAGGACUAAUUGUGUUGCACCAGGGGCAAUCCGAACCCCUACAGGUGACAAGCACUUCAAAGACGAAAAACUUAAUAAUGCUUUCACUUCAAGAACCCCUCUUGGGAGGAUUGGAGAUUCAAACGAGGUGUCUUCCUUGGUGGCAUUCCUAUGCUUACCAGCAGCCUCUUACAUUACAGGACAAACAAUCUGUGUUGAUGGCGGGUUAACAGUGAAUACUAUCUAUUUUAAAGAUGAAAAACUUCUUAAUGCUUUCAUUUCAAGAACCCCUCUUGGGAGGAUAGGAGAGGCAAAUGAGGUGUCUUCUUUGGUGGCAUUCCUCUGCUUACCAUCAGCCUCUUACAUUACAGGACAGACAAUUCCUGCUGAUGGUGGGUUAACAGUGAAUGGUGUCCAUAUAAGCCAUCUUUAGAAGCAACACUUUCGGUGUUUGGUCUGAUACACUCUUGUAUUACCUUUUUAUAUUGAUGUUAAGAAUA